CCCGCACGCGACGACUCCCGACCCUCGAAUUGAGCCAACCCCCAGCCCAAUCCUCCAACACAAUGGCCAUGUCUUGCCGGUACGCCGCCCAGAGCUGUGCUCGCCAGCUCCGAUCCGCCCGCGCCGCCCGGGCACCCGCACAGCUCCUCCGCGCCUCGGCGUCCUCGAGGAGGUGGAACUCGACCGAGGCGGCCCCCUCCAACCCCAAGAUCGAAGCCAUUGUCGACCAGAUCAGCCAGCUUACCCUCCUGGAGACUGCCGACCUCGUUUCAAGCCUCAAGACCAAGCUCAACAUCCCCGAUAUGCCCAUAGGCGGAUUCGCCGCCGCCGCUCCCGCUGCUGCUGCCCCUGCUGCCGAGGAGGCCGAGGAGGCUGCCCCCGCCGCCGCCGAGAAGACGCUCUUCACGCUGAAGCUCCAAGGGUUCGAGACCGCCUCCAAGGCCAAGGUCAUCAAGGAGGUCAAGAACAUGCUCGGCCUGAGCUUGGUGGACAGCAAGAAGUUUGUCGAGAGCGCGCCCAAGAUGAUGAAGGAGAACGUGCCCAAGGAGGACGCCGAGAAGAUCAUCUCGGCCAUGAAGGAGCUGGGCGCCACCGUGGUGAUGGAGUAAAGGCGGCUUUCGCUCUGGGGCGACGAAACUAGCGACUUGGCACGAUAGAUGGCUGGAUUGCAUGUACAAAACAUCUGUACUAGUAUCUAACAACAUUUACCCUCUUCAAAAAGACUCAUGGGGGGGUGCUCUUCAAAUCACAGGGUGUUCCAGGGUAGUCGAGUUGGGGUGAUGUGUAUAUGAUGUAUGAAAGG